GGUGUAAACUGGAACACUUGCACCUGUUGAGCAACGCGGGAAGAUCUCAAGACCAGUCAGGAAGUUAGAAGCUCAAAAGAAGCAGGCAAUCCACAGAAGUUCGAUAAACUCUUGAGCUUGCUGUGUGGACGCUGACCUGGUCUGUAUGUCCACCACGGCCUGCACAGGAUCUGACACAGGAAUGUGAGCCUCUGGUUAUUGAACCACACAUAGUAGUCAACUUCGCAAUCUCUCCGAUCUCAACUGCAGUCACUGAUGGCAAACUUUAAAGGACAUGCUCUUCCCGGCAGUUUCUUCCUGCUCUUUGGCCUGUGGUGGUCAGUGAAGUAUCCACUCAAGUUCUUAGCAAAAAAUGGCAAGUCCUCCAGGCUGUGCUUCGGCCGAGUGGAACUCAUUGAGGGGGUGGUGAAGACCAUUUUCUCUUUUGUGGGAAUUCUGGCCGAGCAGUUUGUCCCGGAUGGGCCCCAUCUGCACCUGCUGAGCCAGGACCGACAGUCCUGGGUCAAGCUAAUGAACUGGCAGCACAGCACCAUGUACCUGUUCUUCGGUAUCUCUGGGAUUGUCGAUAUCCUCACAUACUCCUCGGUCAGGAUCCCGUUGGGCAUUGACCGCCUGAUGCUGUCGCUAGCAGUGUUCAUGGAAGGUUUCCUGUUUUAUUUUCACGUCCAUAACCGGCCUCCCCUGGACAUGCACAUCCACUCGCUUAUGCUGACGGCCGUGUUUGGAGGUUCUUUUAUCAUAAUGAUGGAGGUUUUCCUGCGAGAUAACAUUGUACUUGAGCUGUUCAGGACCAGCCUGGCAAUCCUGCAGGGGACUUGGUUCUGGCAGAUUGGCUUUGUCCUCUACCCUCCCGGUGGCGGGCCCGAGUGGAACGUAAAUGACCACGAGAACGUGAUGUUCGUCACACUGUGCUUCUGCUGGCAUUUUGCGGCCGCCAUUUGUAUCGUCACGAUUAGCUAUACCCUGAUAUACGGGUUUACACAAAUCAGAUCAAAGAGAGACAGUGCAUUAGAGAUGGAACCACGGGGCAAGUCGGAGAAGUACCGAUUGUUGAGCAAUUCUGACGUGGAAUGACAUGGCCAGCAGCUCCUGCGCUUCCCUCUAUUCACACUGACAAGUUGAUGAUUUCUGUCUAAUUUUUUUGCUAUUGUGAAUGUUCCUUGUUCCCUUAAUCCCUUUGAAUCACUUUUUGUAUUGGCGGAGCAGGAGUGAGUGGCAGGGAAUAUCUUUUGUGAAAUGACGCUGGUCACGGGAAUCUGAAUUGUCUCCUAUUUUCACAAACCCACCAGAACUCACAGAUCAGGUUUGGGCCUAAAGCAAAUUCUACCCAAGUGCAGCAGGGGACAGGUAGGUUGUGGACAGGAGCUAUCUCUUUUGAUGGAAUCCAGGGAAUAAUUUUAGUGCAGGGAAGUAAUAUCGGAACGUUCAGUGCUAUCACCUGAAACUGCUUUGAAUACCAACCGAUCUUGAUCAAUCUCAGACUGUAGUGGUUUCGAUAGCCCAUCCUCCACCAACUGAUCUGCCUCUCAUCCUCAACAAUCCCUGCAAUAAACAAUGUGCAUUUUUAACAAAAUCGACAGGAACUCUCCAUCUUAUUCCAGGUUGAUUUUGUUGCAUCUGUUUGGAGGACAGGCACAUACAAAACCUUUCAGGGUCUCAUAACACUGGUUUAGAAUGUAUGGUCAGGGAGAGCAGGAGCUACAAAAUGCCCCACACUGCACUGAAGAAACUCAGCAAGUCAGGCAGCAUCCAUGGUGGGAAACACACAUUUUGGAUUGUGGCCUGUCCUCAGGAAAGACAGGGGUUAUAUUGUUGGUGAUACGUUCUAUUGUAGGCAGAAAGGAUUAGUUUAGUUACAUGUUUUGUCCUUCUAACUGUCCUUCAGUUCUGCUAACAAUUUACCCAGUGUUGAAUUCCAUUCACUUCCAAAGGCUUACACUGUACAUCUUCCUUUUAGUAAAGUAAACACAAACUAU